AAGAGUAUAUUUAACUAUUGAAGUUGUUGGUUGAUUCUUGUGCUGUGCUCUAUAACAUCACGUGACCCAGCUCGUCGUGGCUGGAGAGUGGCUUAUCUAACCAGGCAGUGAGAUCAACGCGGCAAGCAACCUGGAGAGCUCCAGCACGGCGACCUGAGCUUGCCAUCAUCAUCCCAACGCCAAACGCUGCUCUCGACUUUCGCUCCGCACUUCGCACACCGUAUACCCUUUACUGUCUCUCUUUCCCUCUCCUUCCCCCUCUGCACAUCAGCCUGCGUCUUCCGCCAUGCCUGCCACGACGGCGGAGACUCUCUCCCUCGUGACACGCACCGUCUCCGUUGCUCCCCUUGUCCUGCUCUCUGUUGCAGACCACUACGGACGAUCUGCCAAAGGCACGCGGAAGCGUGUGGUUGGUGUGCUUCUCGGUCAGAACGAUGGCAGGAAUGUUCGAGUAUCAAACAGUUUCGCAGUUCCCUUCGAGGAAGAUGAGAAGGACCCCUCCGUGUGGUUCCUGGACCACAACUUUGUCGAAUCCAUGAACGACAUGUUCAAGAAGAUCAAUGCUCGUGAAAAGUUGGUAGGAUGGUAUCAUUCCGGACCUAAGCUACGGGCCUCCGACCUCGAGAUCAACGAGCUAUUCAAGCGCUAUACUCCCAACCCGUUGCUCGUUAUCAUUGAUGUACAACCGAAGGAAGUCGGUGUCCCGACGGAUGCGUACUUUGCUGUCGAUGAGAUUAAGGAUGACGGUACUACCACUUCGAAAACAUUUGUACAUACGCCCUCGAUCAUCGAAGCAGAGGAGGCGGAGGAGAUUGGUGUCGAGCACCUACUCCGAGACAUCAGAGACGUUGCAGUGGGAACGCUGUCGACACGGAUAACUUCCCAGUUGCAGUCAUUGCAGGGUCUACACCUGCGACUGCGCGAUAUCGGCCAGUACCUUCAGAAGGUCCUGGACCAUGAACUACCUGUCAACCAUGCAAUCCUUGGAAACCUGCAGGAUGUUUUCAACCUGCUACCGAACCUGUCGACACCCGCCGCUACACCAAAAAUCAACGGCACGGAACAGCUAUCUGCGGCAACGGAAAACAACGAGCUGGCUCGUGCGAUGAGUACCAAGACAAAUGACCAGCUCAUGGCUAUCUACCUGAGUAGUUUGAUCCGCGCCAUCACUGCGUUCCACGACUUGAUAGAGAACAAGAUCCAGAACCGACAACAGCAGGAGGAGAAUGACUCCAAGAAGGAACAGGAGAAUAACGCGAAGAACGAGAAGGAAGCCAAGAAGGCUGGUGGGACGGCCAACGGUGACCAGAAGGAAGACCAGGAUGGUAACAAAGAGAAGAGCAAGAAGGGUUAAAGAGACCCGGUAUGCUACUUGGGUGGUAUGGAGAAUAUCGAUUGGAUUGCAUAAAAAGCGUCUGGAGCAAGCUAGUGUAUGCCUGAAACGUAUAAUACGAUUGACCCGAGAAUAAGGUCAGCCCCUUUUCCA